AAUCCUCAGCGGCGUCUCAGGGAGGCAGAAUUACAAGAUGGGCUUGCUAUCAAUUUUACGGAAACUGAAAAGCACCCCUGAUCAGGAGGUGCGAAUCUUGCUUCUCGGGUUGGACAAUGGUGGCAAGACCACCUUACUAAAGCAGCUGGCAUCUGAAGACAUCACUCAUAUUACUCCAACACAGGGGUUCAAUAUCAAGAGUGUCCAAUCGCAGGGAUUCAAAUUAAAUGUGUGGGACAUUGGUGGACAGCGAAAGAUCAGGCCCUACUGGAGGAAUUACUUCGAAAAUACGGAUGUACUGAUUUACGUCAUUGAUAGCGCAGACCGCAAAAGAUUUGAAGAAACAGGACAGGAACUGGCUGAGUUGCUUGAUGAAGAAAAGCUCAGUGGUGUUCCAGUCCUGGUCUUUGCUAAUAAACAAGACUUGCUCACUGCUGCCCCUGCAUCUGAGAUAGCCGAGGGUUUGAAUUUACACACUAUCAGGGACAGAGUGUGGCAGAUUCAGUCCUGUUCUGCCCUGACCGGAGAAGGAGUCCAGGAUGGCAUGAACUGGGUCUGUAAGAGUGUGAAUGCUAAAAGGAAAUAAAGCUGUGUACUUCAACUGUGGAUUUUGUCCCAGAACAUGCAGGGGUUCUUUGGAAUGUAAAAACUAUCAAUAGAUAUAGCAAAGGAAGGCACCUCUACAAAACUAUUAAAAUGAAUGUCCUUAAAGACCUAUCAAAAUCAUAUAAACUCUGCACAAGGAGCUCAAGUUAAUAUUUAUACACAGUAUCAUAUAACUUGUCUUUUAAACUCAAAAUAAAGAAUGUUAACAUUUUAGUCUUAGACUGGUGAUUUUGGAGAAUGGUGACAUGUUUUCUUUGGUACAUUUCAGAUCUUACGUAAUUCUGCCUUCAUUUCUUGACAUAUAUCACUCUUUUAUAAUGAAUGUUAUAGUUAUUGGACUUUGUGAGAUAUUUGUAGAACUGAAGUGAUCGCCUACACCAUUUCAUUCAUAGGCUUUCCCUCCAAAAUGAUAUAUUUCAAUUUGCUUAUAUAAAAUGAUUGUUAUCCCAUAUUGGGUGAUAUUUUUGAGUGUUUGUGUUUCUGAGAAUAUUUUUGUAAGUAACAAAAAUUAGGUAUCCAAGUCCAAUGUAUCAGAAACAAUAUGUACAAACGAAAGGGGACCAUUAACAGAUAAACAGGAUAUGAAAUGCAUUUUUGAUAAUGAAAUGUAAAUAAUGUUCCACAUAGCAAAUUAUUUUCUGCAUUUACUGAUGAAUUUUCCAAAUCCAGUAUUUUUAGAUUUCUUAGAGUUCUAUACUGUAAGAGGACUGUACAGCUGUGAUAUACAGUGAUGUGUACAAGAUGUCUGUUGUCAUCACAUUAAGAAUAUUACUGUAUUGUUUUUGAAUGUCAUGAUGUGUGUUUGAUUUCUGAAGCAUACUGAGUAAAAUACUGAAAAAUUA